AGCACAAAGCGCGGAGAACAUCAGACACUGGGGCGAGUCUGUGCUGGGGAGGGGUGCCCGGUAUUAACCCCUCCCUGCCCGGCCGCGGGGGGGACAAGCCCCCCCGGACUCUGCCCGCAUCCACUCCGGAGCCAGGGGCCGGUGACCUUCAAGGAGGUGGCUGUGUAUUUCACCAGGGAAGAGGGGGCUCUGCUGGACCCCGUUCAGAGAGCCCUCUGCAGAGCCGUUAUGCAGAAGAACUAUGAGAAUGUGACCUCGCUGGGUUUCCUCGUCAAUCUGAAAUUGCAAACGAUACAGUUAUAAACUCUUUCAGUGCUGCUUUCCCAAAGAGGCGGUGGGUGCCCUGUACUCUGAGAUAAAUGCUAAGGGACUGCGAUCAGUCAGGACAAUUUCAACCGUUGUUUCAGCCUGAGGCCUGCACAGAAAAUAUUAUCCGAGCAACCCUGCUCUGCACUCCCCUGGUGCGCAGUGAAUUGCAAGACAAUCCGACAGGUGAUGGGAUGGUGAGUGAGAAUGAGGAGCAGAACCCUCAGCAGGAAGACGCUGAGCACGUGGAAGCAUAUGGGGCGUUAUCGCAAAGAUCUGAAGGGAAUGUGUCCAUGAGUUGUGGGCAGGGAAAAGGUUGUGAGACUCAGCACAGGCCAGAAAGGGAGCAGGGAACUGAGCCAAGGGAGAAAGAGGGUAAUUGUCAGGGAAGUCACAAGGAAACCACAGCCCAGCAGAGCAUCCCCACAAGUGAGAGAGACCACACACGCCCUGAGUGGGGAGAAAACGUCGGUAACCCUUCGGCUGUUCUUCGACACGAGAGAAUCUGCGACAGAGAGCCAUCCCACCAAUGCGGUGAGUGCGGGAAAACCUUCCAUCGGAACGCGCACCUGAUUCGCCAUCAGAGAGUGCACACGGGAAACCGACCCUUUAAAUGCUUGGAAUGUGGGAAAAGCUUCAGCGUGAGCUCCAACCUGAUCACCCACCAGACCAUUCACACGGGCAAUCGGCCCUUUUCGUGCUCCGAGUGUGGGAAGAGCUUCAACAGACGCUCAAACCUUAUUACGCACUGGAGAAUUCACAUGGGAAAGAAGCCCUUUACAUGCUCAGAAUGUGGGAAAAGCUUCACGGACAGCUCCAACCUUAUCAGGCACCAGAGAACCCACACGGGGGAGAGACCCUAUGAAUGCUGCGAGUGCGGGAAAAGCUUCACUGACAGCUCCGAUCUUAUCCGGCACCAGCGAACCCACACAGGGGAGCGACCCUAUGAAUGCUGCGAGUGCGGGAAAAGCUUCAGUCGGAGCUCCACCCUUAUUCGGCAUCAGAGGAUCCACACGGGAGAGACGCCCUAUAAGUGCUGCGAAUGCGGGAAAAGCUUCAGCGUGAGCUCAAACCUUAUUACACAUUGGCGAAUUCACACGGGGCAUCGGCCCUUUACCUGUUCCGACUGCGGGAAAAGUUUCACUGACAGUUCCAACCUUACUCAGCAUCAGAGAAUACACAUGGGAGAGAACCCCUAUAGAUGCGCCGAGUGCGGGAAAAGCUUCACUCAGAGCUCGGCCCUUAUUGCGCAUCAGAGGAUCCACACGGGAGAGCGCCCCUACGAAUGCUGCGAGUGCGGGAAAACCUUCAGUGUUAGCUCAGCCCUUGUUGCGCAUCAGAGACUCCACACGGGGGAGAGACCCUAUAAAUGCUCGGAGUGCGGGAAAAGCUUCAGUGUGAGCUCAACCCUCAUCAUACAUCAGAGAAUCCACACAGGGGAAAGGCCCUAUCGAUGCUCGGAGUGUGGGAAAAGCUUUAAUCAGAGCUCACACCUGGUUAGACACCAGAGUCUCCACAGGGGAGAUAAGCACCAUAAAAACCUUGUCUAAGGCUGUCCAAAAAAAAAAAAGGUUUUUAAUAUUUUUCUAAUUCCCACAUAGUGACCUUUAAGGCUCUUUGCGGUGUUUGCAUCACUGUGGUCCCGCAGCUCCCCCCAGAAGAGUAACACACUGUUGGAGUGAAUCCCUUGGUCCUUUCUAUCCGCUCCUUCGGCCUCAGUCAUGAGAAUGUAUGUCCCUCCUACCGGGAAUGUCCAUCAGCCCCAGGUAGGGGAGAUGGGAUGCCAUCAUCUUAUAGAAUCAUAGAAUAUUAGGAUUGGAAGAGACCUCAGGAGAAAUUGGAGAGGGUCCAGAGAAGAGCAACAAGAAUGAUUAAAGGUCUUGAGAACAUGACCUAUGAAGGAAGGCUGAAAAAAUUGGGUUUGUUUAGUUUGGAAAAGAGGAGACUGAGAGGGGACAUGAUAGCAGUUUUCAGGUAUCUAAAGGGGUGUCAUAAGGAGGAGGGAGAAAACUUGUUCACCUUAGCCUCUAAGGAUAGAACAAGAAGCAAUGGGCUUAAACUGCAACAAGGGAGGUUUAGGUUGGACAUUAGGAAAAAGUUCCUAACUGGUAGGGUGGUUAAACAUUGGAAUAAAUUGCCUAGGGAGGUUGUGGAAUCUCCAUCUCUGGAGAUAUUUAAGAGUAGGUUAGAUAAAUGUCUAUCAGGGAUGGUCUAGACAGUAUUUGGUCCUGCCAUGAGGGCAGGGGACUGGACUCAAUGACCUCUCGAGGUCCCUUCCAGUCCUAGAAUCUAUUAAUCUAGUCCAACCCCCUGCUCAAAGCAGGACCAACCCCAACUAAAUCAUUCCAGGCAGGGCUUUGUCAAGCUGGGCCUUAAAAACCUCUAAGGAAGGAGAUUCCACCACAUCCCUAGGGAACCCAUUCCAGUGCUUCACCACCCUCCUAGUGAAAUAGUGUUUCCUAAUAUCCAACCCUGACCUCCCCCAUUGCAACUUUGCUUGCUACAUUGAAGUAAAAUCUAGCUGGGCCUUGGCUCCUCUGGGAUUUUCCCAGGGGUUAGCUAGCUUGAGGUAGCUAUCCUCAUGUAAAAAGACAACUAUAUUUGCAGUGCUGACGUAGGCCAGAUAUAAUGGUCAGGGUUAACUAAGAUAUUUCCCCUUGACCGGUCCUAAUCUACACCACCUUCUAGUCUAGACAAAACUCCGAGCAUCACAUUUCGACUUUUACUCCCAUUAGCAGAGCAAUUGGUAGAGUCACCGAGUUCCCCCUUUGGUGACCGAUUGUCUCAUUCCUGGUUGCCCUGGGUUGUAUUGAACAGCAGCUCUUGUUCCUACCAUUUUUCUCAUUUAAAAAUAUACUUAAAUAUAACAAAGAUCUGGAGCAGGGAGAGGAUUAAAGUGUCAUUUCAGCUGCCAUGACACCGGAAGGGUAUAGAGUGUGCUUGAUGGAUUCCCUCCUUUUCCAUUACCGUUCAAUCCCCCCUCAACCCAGCAGUUAGCUUCUGUGUGAACCACAAUGAAGCGUAACCUCCCCACAUUUUACCCUUCCACCUCCCAAAGAGUCAUGUGACACAGUCUUCUCGGUUCUCCGUGCUGAGGAAUCACAAUUCGAUCUUAAACCAGACUCAGUAGGGCUGGAGAUGAAAGUGUCAGAGACCCGGAGGGGGGAUUGAAUGGAUCACAAAACCACAGAGUGAUGGGUUUUCAUCCCUCUAUCUCCUGGCAAAGCUUUUUCUGGGCUGUUUCCAGAUGAGAAGACUGGAUGUUCUAGUGUCCUCGAAAGGGGGAAAACGUUUUGUAAAUAACUUGACUCAGUAAUAAUGAAGUGGGGCUGCCUGAAGCAGGUUUGAAUGGAUGAGAGGAGACUGCAGUGUGCGAAUCUGUUCUCCUGAUUUUUGAGUUUGCAGCUGUAACCUGCUUUGGAAUUUCAUUUUACAUGAAACUGAAAGUGUCCGUGAUGUGGAUUUUUCUCUCUUGCCUGAAGCCCAUUCAGUCGCAUAACUGGAUGUUAGUUUUGGUUGCCAGGACGUAGCUCAGAUUUGGGGACUUGGAGACAAAGAACCAUGUGCUAAAAUGGUCAUUUCUUCCUUUAUUUUUGCUUUUCCCUGCUCCUUCACAAUGACAUGGAGGAAGCUCACGUGCAAUUUCAGUCCACCAUUCAAGAUAAUUGAGUCCCACAAUUGGGCUGCUCCAUCAAUAGAGAACUAAAGGAGGGUACUUAAUUACCGCCAAUCAGCGUGAGUUUAUGGAAAACAGAUCCUGUCAAACUAACUUGAUAAUUUUUUUGUUGAGGUUACAAGUUUGGUUGAUGAAGAUAAUAAUAUUGAUCUAAAAUACGUAACUUCGAUAGGGCAUUUGACGUGACACCACAAGAUAUUUUGAUUAAAAAACUAGAAUGCUAUAAUAUGAACAUGGCACUGUAACGAUGCUGGUUCUGGCGGGACCCAACUGAGAGUGCCAAUUCAGGACCAAUUGCUUAGAGCAGGGCAGUUACAGCCCAAGGCUGGGGUUCCUUUGCACACCAAGGCAAACCAAACCAGCCAAACGGAGAAGACUUUGAUCUCACCCCACUGGCUAACCACAAGUCACACAAGCAAUUCCCUUAGACACUCCAGUUUCCCAAUAUCACCACCAGGGCCACUCGUUAUGGGGACAAAUGAUUAUGAAAACCAAUACCCCAGUAAAAGAAAAAAGGUUCUUUUGAUCCCCAAGGACCAAGCCCCAGACCCAGGUCAAGAUACAAGUUAGAUCUCAUCCACAAAUCACGCUGUUGCCAAUUCUUUAGAAUCUAAAAUCUAAAGGUUUAUUCAUAAAAGGGAAAAGAUCUAGAUGAGAGCUAGAAUUCAUUAAAUUGAAUCAAUUACAUACAGUAAUGGCAAAGUUCUUGGUUCAGGCUUGUAGCAGUGGUGGAAUAAACUUCAGGUUCAAAUCAAGUCUCUGGAACAUCCCCAGCUGGGAUGGGUCAUCAGUCCUUUGUUCAAAGCUUCAGUUUAUAGCAAAGUCCCUCCAGAGGUAAGAAGCAGGACUGAAGACAAGAUGGAGAUGAGGCAUCAGCCUUUUAUAGUCUGCUUCAGGUGUAAGGACACCUCUUUGUUCUUACUGUGGAAAAUUACAGCAAAAUGGAGUCUGGAGUCACACGGGCAAGUCCCUGCAUACUUUGCUGAGUCUCAAGGGAUAUCUGCCUUCUCUCAAUGGGUCUAUUGUAUAGCUGAUGGUCCUUAAUGGGUCAUCAAGCAGGCUAGGCAGAGCUAACACCAACUUGUCUGGGGUGUCACCCAGAAGCAGAGCACAAGUUUGAAAUACAGAUAGGAUAGAGCCAAUAUUCAUAACUUCAACUACAAAAAUGAUACAUGCAUACAGCUAGCAUAAUCAUAACCAGCAAAUCAUAACCUUUGUACAAUAUUUCCUGCAAAUAUAUAACAGUGGUUGCAACAGUGAUCUAUACGGUUACAGAUUAUGUUAAUAACGUCACAGGCACAUAUUACAUGGAUUAAAAACAGGCUAACAAAUAGGUCCCAACAUGUAAUUAUAAAAGGGGAAUCGCCAUCAAUUGGGUCUGUUUCCAAUGGGGCCCAACAUGGAUGUGGUGUUGGCCGGACGCUAAUUAACAUUUUUAUUAGUGAGCUGGAGGAAAACAUGAAAUCAUCUCUGAUAAAGUUUGCAGAUGACAAAGAAUUGGGGGAGUGGUCAAUACAGAAGAGGACAGGUCACUGAUUCAGCGCGAUCUGGAUCGCUUAGUAAACUGGGCCCAAGCAAACAAUGUGUGUUUUAAUACAACUGCAUGUGAAUGUAUGCCUCUAGGAACAAAGAAUGGAGGCCAUAUGUACAGCAUGAGGGACUCUAUCCUGGGAAGCAGUGAUUCUGGAAGAGAUUUCGGGGUCGUGGUGGAUAAUCAGCUGACCAUGAGCUCCCAGUGUGAUGCUGUGGCCAAAAAAGCUAAUCAUCAAAUCGUAGGACUGGAAGGGACCUCGAGAGGUCAUCUAGUCCAGUCCCCUGCACUCAAGGCAGGACUAAGUAUUAUCUAGACCAUCCCUGACAGGUGUUUGUCCAGCCUGCUCUUAAAAAUCCCCAAUGAUGGAGAUUCCACAACCUCCCUAGGCAAUUUAUUCCAGUGCUUAACCACUGACAGUUAGGAAGUUUUUCCUAAUGUCCAACCUAAACCUCCCUUUCUGCAAUUUAAGCCCAUUGCUUCUGGUCCUAUUCUCAGAGGUUAAGAACAACAAUUUUUCUCCCUCUUCCUUGUAGCAACCUUUUAUGUACUUAAAAACUGUGAUCAUGUCCCCUCUCAGUCUUCUCCAAAGUAAACAAACCCAGUUUUUUCAAUCUUCCCUCAUGGGUCAUGUUUUCUAGGCCUUUAAUCAUUUUUGUUGCUCUUCUCUGGACUUUCUCCAAUUUGUCCACAUCUUUCCUGAAAUGUGGCACCCAGAACUGGACACACUACUCCAGUUGAGGCCUAAUCAGUGCGGAGUAGAGCAGAAUCACUUCUCGUGUCUUGCUUACAAUACUCCUGCAAAUACAUCCCAGAAUGAUACUUGCUUUUUUUGCAACAGUGUAACUCUGUUGACUCAUAUUUAGCUUGUGAUCCACUGUGACCCCCAGGUCCCUUUCCACAGUACUCCUUCCUAGGCAGUCAUUUCCCAUUUUGUAUGUGUGCAACUGAUUGUUCCUUCCUAAGUGAAGUACUUUGCAUUUGUCCGUGUUGAAUUUCAUCCUAUUGACUUCGGACCAUUUCUCCAGUUUGUUCAGAUCAUUUUGAAUUUUAAUCCUCUUCUCCAAAGCACUUGCAACCCCUCCCAGCUUGGUAUCCUCCGCAAAAUUUAUAAUGUGAACCUGCAUUGCAUCAAUAUGGGACUCUUGAGUAGUAGGCGAGGGAUUAUUUUAUUUCUUUAUUUAGCACUGGUGAAACCACUUCUGGAUACUCUCGUGCCCACCAGUCAAGAAGGAUGUUGGUAAAUUGGAGAGGAGGCGGAGAAGAGUCACACGAGUGAUUAAAGGAUUAGAAAACAGGUCUUGUAGUGGUAGACUCAAGGAGUUCAAUCUAUUUAGGUGAACAAAGAGAAGUUAAGGGGGGACUUGCUUACAGUCCAUAAGUAGAUCAUGGGGAACGAAUCUUUAAUAAAGGUCUCUUCGGUCCAGCCGAGAAAGGUCUAACUGGAUCCAGCGGCUGAGGGUUGAAGCGAAACCCUGAAGAGUGUUAAUAAGGUGUAUGUUUUAAAUAGCGAGGGUAGUUAACCAUUAGAACAAUGUUUUCUCUGCCACGAUUUUUACCUUAAGAAUAAAGUAGGUUUGCUUAGAAAGAACUGUGUGGUAACUUCUAUCCAUAGCACCCAUGGAAAAUGAAUAGUAGGUGCUUAGCACCCACCA